CUUUCUGGUCUGAAACGUCUCUUGAUCCUUCAUCCAUCCCCUAGAAAUUAAGCAUCUUCUUUUGAUCUUGGCUUGUUUUUGAUCGACCGUCUGUCUACAUGGGGGGUUCUUCACCCUGUGCUUCAUGCAAGUUGUUGAGACGCCGCUGCGCCAAGGACUGCAUCUUUGCUCCUUACUUCCCACCCGAUGACCCUCACAAGUUUGCCAUUGUUCACAAGGUUUUUGGUGCCAGCAAUGUCAGCAAAAUGUUGCAGGAGCUUCCUAUUCAUCAGAGGGCAGAUGCCGUGAGUAGUUUAGUUUACGAAGCAAAUGCAAGAGUAAGAGACCCUGUUUAUGGAUGUGUUGGGGCAAUAUCUUACCUACAGAAUCAAGUAUCACAGUUGCAAAUGCAGCUUGCAGUGGCUCAAGCAGAGUUUCUUUGCAUCCAGAUGCAGCAAGAGCCUAACUUACCAGCCCAGAUAGACCAAGACGAGAAGUCGUUUCUUUUAUCCAGCAACUUCAAUAACAAUAUUCCCCAGUACCUCGGCUUUGCUUCUUCUAGCACUGUAAACCAAGACCCUCUAAAGAGAGAGUCUCUUUGGACUUAAUAUUAUCUCCUAAUUGCCUCUAAUGAAAUUGCCAAACUGUUCCAAAUUGUUUCUUUUUCUUAUUUUCUCCUCCCUCUUUCCCUUCUCUCCUUGGUUGUUGGGCCUAGAUUAUUUUGCUUGUCUUGUAUGUAUAUGUAUGUAUGUAUGUAUGAAUGCACUUAUGUAAGAGAAGCUAGUGGCUUAGUGAUCCAAUAUUGCAAGAGGAAAAUGUAGCCAAAACUAGAUGCAUAAGAAAACAAGGGGACCUGGAUUUAGGGGUCAACCCUAGCAUGCAUGUGAGACAUGGAGUAAAGUUGGGUUGACAUAGUUUCCCUCCCUUGAUUUAGAAGUUAUAUAAAUGAAGAGUAAUGUUGUACACCACACUUUCA